AUGCUGGCACGGCCUGUCGGGCGGGCCCCUCACAGCGGGCGUGUGGCGCAGCCGGAGACGGCGGCGGCCGCAGCUGCCGGGGGCAACAAGACGGGCUGUCGAAGUGCGGCAAUAUCCCGCUCCAAGGUGGAGGCGCCAGAAAGUCGCGAGCGGCGUCCGGCACUCGUGUGCGCCAACGUGCGGCGGGGAGAAGUCGCGCGUGCGCGUGUCGCCCUGACUUCCGCAACCAUCGCACCUGGGACAGAAGAAACAUUUGCCGCGCUGUCCGAUCCGGCGCGCCGCCCGCCAGAGGCUCUGUACGACGUGCCUGCCGCCCUCCUCAACUUCCAACCGGAUGCACUGGCCGUGCUCACCGACGCCGCCGUCGCUCAAGCUUUGCGGACCGCCAGGCGAGGCACCACUGCUGGGCUGUCGGGAGCCACGACGUGUGAGCACUACAAGCUGUUGCUCCGCGACGCCGAGGCGCUCGAGCUGUUCACUGCUGCGACCCGGAAAGCAGCGUCUUUGUGUCCUUGCCUGCGAAGCUGGGGGGUGGUCACCCAACUCGUGCGACUUCGAGCCCAGCGCGCUCCUGCCACCAUGCGCUCUGCAGCCAGGCAGGGCUGGCUGCGCCGCUGGUGGGGCUUGUUGAGUGUGGCUUUGCAAAGCACGCUUGCUGCCACGCUGCUCGGAGCGCCGUACAUCGCUGGCGCCCUGCCUGGCGCGCAGCACCCGCCACUCGAGGACGUGCUGCACGAUGCCCAGCCCCAGCCGCCUCGGCCCGUAGCGCGCAGGUUGCAGGGGGACUUGGACUUGCGAGCGCCGCCUUCGGCUGCCCUUGCCCUUGAAGCCCUUGCGCAUCCUUGCGCAGUAGCGCGGAAGGCCGACACGGCUCACUUCACCCGCCCACACACGGGCCUGGUUGGUUGGGCCACAGCAGUGGCUGUCGCGCACAACCACGCCGCAAGGUUCACCCCGACGACCGUCGCCGUUUCGAUUUCGUUGUCUACGGAGCACCAACCAACGGCGAGGCAUGCUGUGAUACGACCCUCGUCGCCGAAAGCAAGCAGCGCGGAUCAUUGCAUGGCGAGCACGGAUGAGCAUGCUGCCCGUGUAGGGAGCUAA